AGUGUCUAGUGGGAGGAGAGAGAGAGAGAGAGAGAGAGAGAGAGAGAGAGAGAGAGAGAGACUAUGUGGACGAGUGAAGGCAGUGGCCUAGAUGUGUGAAACGCCAGGGGUUGCUUUUUUGGUUCACUACUAGGGGGCAACUCAAUAGUGGACCAAAUGAAAUGAGGAAGUUCUGAACCACAAAUCUGAAGGAAAAGUUGUGAGCCCCAUCAUCUGGCAUUUUAAAAAUAAUAGCUGCAGAGCUACUUAAUGAACUUGUGUUUUGGAGGCAAAGCAUUGGUGACCAGUGCUAUUUUGGGGGUCGUCUGUUAGAUGCUGCACAGACAACAUGCAUUAUCAUGGGAAUUAUUGGUGGAACAUGUAGACUGAGACAUUCACACAGAGACUAAAAUCUAUUAUUUUGCCGGACGGUCAGCGCAGCAUUCCGCUUGACUGAUAGCGAUGGCCUUGGAGGCAGACAGCGACAGAGGUUCAUCAAGAAGCGCUCAUGAAAAAUAUCCCCGGGCAGCGUUGGAGCGCAACGGCUACGUGAAGACAUGUGUCACCCCGUUGUGCCAGGACGCAGGGAGCCAGUCGUGGCUGAGACUCGCCGUGACAUGGACUUGCCGAGGAGUGUCGUCUGCGGUCUGCGUUGCCUCUGUCUCCGUUAUUCUCGCUCUGCUGCUCAGAUUGGUCGACUGGGAUGCAGACAGCAGCAACGGAAAUAGUAGCAGGUCCGACUCUCGUCUUCAUUUCGCGGCGGGCUGCGCUGUGGAGCUGCUUCUGACUGCGUGUUACUGCGUCUCCCCAGUUUUUACACUCAUAUGUGCCUUCUUCUGGGUCGGGCUGUAUCUGAUUCGCUGCGGGGUACUCAUCCGUACCGCGGUUUUCCUGUUAGCGGUGUGCCACUUGGGCGAAGCCGCAGCGCAGUCCCUCCUGCGCGGCGCCGAGGAGCAGCUGCUGUCCCUCCCCGCAACCCUGGUAGUCCUCGGCUGCCUGGGCAGCGGGGCUCUGCUGGUCGUCCGGCUGGGUCAGGGAGUGUCCAUCCUCGUCUUCAUUAGCGUCAUCAGGGCCGUCUCCCUCGUCUCUCUGAGCAGAGUCCGGGCCAGCUGGAGACCCUACCUGGCCUACCUGCUGGGGCUGCUGGGGGUUUUGCUUGCGAGGUAUGCUGACCGGCUCCUGCCGGCCUCAGGGACCAGCGGGACGGGGUGCUGUGGCUCUGUGACCGGGGCGAAGGAGGAGGACAUCCCUGUCUUCAAAAGGAGACGGAGGUCCAGCUCCAUAGCGGCCUCGGAAAUGAUGGCUCACAGUCAGAGCAACAGCAAGUCCCACCGCAGGACUUCGCUGCCUUGCAUUCCGCGGGACCAGAUUAUGUGCCAGCCAGAAUGGGACUACAAGAGGGCUCUGAGCAGAUCCCAGUCUUCGGGCACCAGUGUGGUAGUGGACAUCACGGUGAUGGGUGAGGCCCAUGGUUUGAUCUCAGACCUGCUGGCAGACCCAUCGCUGCCCCCGAACACCUGCAGCUCUCUGAAGGCCGUCAGCAGCCUCCUCAGCACCCAGAUUUGCCUGCAGCCACUCCACCGGCCUCGCAUCCCAGCAGACACACACACGUGCUCUGACUCUGAGGAUGGGCCUGAAAAAAUAGAGAGGCUGGCCAUUCCAAAGCGUCUAAGGCGAAGCCUUCCCCCGGGAUUGCUGAGGAGAAUCUCAUCAACCUGGACCACGACCACCUCGGCCACAGGUCUGCCUACCAUCGAGCCAGGCCCUGUACGCAGAGACCGUUCAGCCAGCAUCAAACACACCACAGACAGUGAAUCAUGGAACAACUCAGUGAUGAUGACCAUCUCAAAGAGCCGCUCCAUGUCCGCCUCCUGUGCUGCCACUGUCACCUCCAACCACCUCUACAGCAAACCACUGGGAAGACCAGGUUUCCCCCCCUCCAACAUAUCACCUCUGGGCUCUCCAUGCCCAUCACCUCCUGUCCAGGGCACUCCUGUCUCCAGCCCUACCAUCAAGACAUGUUCAGUGCAGCUUCCUGAGCCGGCUGGGCCCCUGACAGAGCGAACCCCUGGCUCUGUGGCCCCCAAGAGCCACCACAGAGCCUUAACUCACAGCCAGAGCGCCCCCAGCUCCACCACCCCUCACUGGCGGCCUCCAUCGCUCUGUAGCAGCUGUGGCAGGCCGUUCAACAAUCGACUGAACCACGGGGUAGAAUCUGUUGACAAAGGAGACAGAAUACCCCAUCCAGAUGAGCGUGUAGUAGCGUCUUCAGACUACGACAGCACCUACGACAGCACCUAUGAGACCAACCACAGUGAUAGCAGUGACUUUGCACAGAAUGAAGAGGAAGGAGAGGGAGGCAGGAAGCAGCCUGAAGUGAGGGAAGGUUGCGGGGAUUAUCCGGCAGAGGGCAUCGUUCUUCACCCACUCUUGCCAUCACCAGAGGACAAGCCAGUCUUGGCCCUGGAGCCUCUGGUGAAGCCAGGGCUGGAGCCUCUGAUGAGUCAACUUGACAACUGGAACUUUCCCAUUUUCACUCUAAUGGAGAAGACACUUGGCAAGACAGGCUGUAUCCUCAGCCAGGUUUCCUACAGGCUCUUUGAGGACACAGGUUUGUUUGAGACCUUCAGGAUUCCUGUACAAGAGUUUAUGAACUACUUCCAUGCUUUGGAGAAUGGAUACAGAGACAUCCCUUAUCACAACCGGAUCCAUGCCACUGACGUGCUGCAUGCUGUUUGGUACCUCACCACGCAGUCUGUGCCAGGCCUGCCCACCCUGCUGACUGAGAACGGGAUACACACUGACUCAGAGAAUGGCAUUACUCCUGGUGCUACAGGCUUCUUGGUGUCCAAGAUGAACUCUGUGCCAGAGGAAGGUUAUGGCUCCUUGUCUGGCCUUAUCCCCAGUCUGGAGCUCAUGGCCUUGUUUGUAGCCGCUGCCAUGCAUGACUAUGACCACCCUGGAAGAACCAACGCCUUUCUAGUAGCAACCAGUGCACCACAGGCUCUUCUAUACAAUGACCGCUCGGUCUUGGAAAACCACCAUGCAGCUUCAGCGUGGAACCUCUUCAUGUCUCGACCUGAGUAUAACUUCCUGGUUAACCUUGAACAUGUGGAGUUCAAGCGCUUCCGCUUCCUAGUCAUUGAAGCCAUCCUGGCCACUGACCUCAAAAAGCACUUUGACUUCCUAGCAGAGUUUAAUGCAAAGGUGGGUGAUGAAGGAGUGUCCGGUAUUGAUUGGACUAAUGAAAACGACCGAUUGCUGGUGUGCCAGAUGUGCAUCAAAAUGGCUGAUGUCAAUGGACCGCUGAAGUGUAAGGAGUUGCAUCUGCAGUGGACUGAAGGGAUCGUCAACGAGUUCUACGAACAAGGUGACGAAGAAGCGAGCCUGGGCCUUCCCAUCAGCCCAUUCAUGGACCGGUCAGCUCCGCAACUCGCUAAACUACAGGAGUCAUUCAUCACUCACAUAGUGGGACCUCUGUGCUCCUCCUACGACUCUGCUGCUCUUAUGCCAGGACGUUGGGUUGACCCACCCGAGGGAGAGGUAGAGCCAGAAGAGGCAAAGGAGGGACAAGAUACAGAAGAGGAAGAAAUGGCGGAAGAGGAUGUAUCUACAAGCUCUGACAACUCCCAGAGGCAAGAGACAAAGAAGGAAAGCAGGAGGAAAGUGUUCUGCCAGAUCACGCAGCAUCUCCUGGAGAACCAUGAAAUGUGGAAAAGAGUCAUUGCUGCAGAAGUCCAGGAGGAGGCCCAGAAAGAAGACCCAAACUGCAUCAGCAGCCCCACUGAUCCAAUCACAGCCAUCCACGAGGAAGAGGAGGAGCAAGCAAGCAAAGAGGAGGAGUCGGGCGACAGCCUUGAUGAAAGGGAAGAGGUGCCGGCUAUAGAGGAAGAAGAAAUCCUUCCGCAAUCAGAGACUUCAGGGGAAAAAGAGGAGGAACCAGAGUGAUAUUAUGAACUUUGACCUCCUCUGAAACCAGGAAUCUGAACGUUGUCUAAAAAUGUUUGUUUCUUUCCUAACUAAACUCUUGAUAUGGUAGCCAGCACAUCACUUUGACACAACACUGUAGAAGAUGUUUUGGGUAAUAUGUGCCUAACAAAAACAGGGUUUAAGGACAGGGAUGAUGCAUGCCCAGGGCAUCUAACAAGGGGAGACAGGUAAGAUGAGCAAAGGAGGUGACUGAGGAGUAGAACAAGAAGAAUCUGAAAGAGAAAAAGAGAAUGAACGUGGACUGUAUUUGUUUUUCUUGUAGUGUUUUAGUCUGGAUCUGGUGCCCUGCCCUCACCCAGGCUGCCCAUUUUUCUGUAUGGGCCAACCACGCUGAUUCACAGAUUCACUCCACCAGUGAGUAAUACACUGUCACAAGCCCUCCCAUCCAUCUUGUUGCUCCCAUGCUGUCAGCAUGUGGAGCCACCCGGCUGGUUGAGGAUGUGCAACAAGCCCCUUCUCCUUGAAGACAAUGGGAUGAAAGCCAGGGAAAAAGCUGUGUCCACUGAGGCUCAGCCGUGUGGAUUUCAGAGAAAGACAGAAAAAAAAGCCAGUUGUAGUACAUUGUGUAUACAGACAUCCACUCACACAAGCUUCACACACACCACACACACACACACACACACACAAUGCUACAGUAGGAGCACAUUCCAUACUCAGAACCGAAUAGGAAGUUUAACAAAGAACCCUGUUGCUCUAAAAGCUUUAUUCUUGCUCAAGGAAAAACAUACAAAACAAUGUUCUGUUCAUGUCAAACGGUGUUUGUCUUUAGUUGCAUGUUUUCUCCCUGUCUUUUGUUUCUCAAAAUCAGUCCAGCACACCUACACAUUUCCAGAUCACACAACUCAGGAAGGCAGAAACCUGCAGAGAAAGAGACUUGUAGUGUCCUUGUCCUUAUACUGGCCACUGCUUCAAGAUUUUCUUUCUGUGCUGUUUGAGAUGCUAGUGAUUUAAUGAUAACCCUAGACACGUGGUUCCAGUUUGUGCAUCACAAAGGAACUGCAAGGGAAACAAGAUUAUUGAUUACAUUACAGCUUAUAUCACAAUUCUCUUUCCUUUUGCCUGCUCUCACAGUGUGUCCCAUUGGCUCCUGUACUACACCAAAACAGAUCACAGGGUUUAUUACAUUUAAAGUAACUUACAAAACACAAAACUAGGUAAUACAGUAAUGUGUUUUUCUAAGCUAAUGAUAUUUAUUUUCACAUUUUAUGUCACUUCCUAACUUAGUUGCUUAAACAUAACAGUAAUGCCCUUACUAACGACAAGAAUUCUCUCUUCUGUGCAAUAUAAUUUAUAGCCUGGUAUGUAGGCCAAAUGUGUCAGAAAGUGAAGUAAUCCAGUAAGCCAUAGUGGCCCAAGCCAGAGCUGACUCACAGCUCCAAAUCACCCAAGAGGAUUUAUUUCAGUGAGAAAAAAAACUGCUCUGUGGAGCCUAUUUCCAUCCAGGAGGUGCUGUGUACCCACAAAAAAGACUAUAUGGACACUCAGUCACACAAAAGUCUUUCAUUAUUUUGUUGCACAACUAUAGAGGCAAAAAGAGUAAUGUGUAAAACAACACAUUUCUUACUUUAAAAAAAACGGAAUAGUCAGAAUUGAUAUGAUAUUAUAUAAUGUUAAUGAGGUUAAUUGUUAACACAUUAGUGAAACCCCAGAGUCUCAAAUGUUGCUUCUCCAACACAGAUAUGGAGGACAAUAUGCUAAGAGUGUGCUAAGAAGAGAAAAAAACAAUGUCAGAAUGCUUCAUUGGUUGUUUUAAAGUCACACAUUUUGGCAAAAUGUGCAAUAGAGUAUGAUUAGAGAGCAGACUUACCACACCUCUGACUUUUUUUCCUCAUUUGUAGUCCUUACUGAUGACAUACUGUGGCGUGUGGCCUAACGGGUUGUGUCGGAUCUCUCCUUUGAUGUCCUGAGAGAUUCAGAUCGAUGGUGAUAGAGGAAAGUGCGAACAAGGAGAACAGCCUUGGUAAUGAGGCUUCGUAAUGAAAGGGGAAAGAGGAAAGGGAGAGGCCUUUAGGCUUGACUUGUAGCUGCUUAGGAAGGGUCAGAGGGGUGUCAGAUCUUUUUUUUUUUCCACAUUUCAGCAGAUUCCUCUAGUGACUCUUUGAAGAUCAGCCAGUUCAUUUGGAUUCAAAAUCAUGUGAUGAUCUACAUUUCGAAGUCUGCGGACUGUGAUACACGGAUUUAAUGGUGUAUUUAGUCUGACACUGGAGAAGCAACAGGAACUGUGGAGAAAUUUAAGGAGGCUUUGUGUCUUCACUUUCUGAUCUGUGGCAGGUGUUUUGUGACAAAAGUGCAAAUUGAAACAGAGCACAUUUUAAGUUAAUUGAAAGUCAUUACUGCAUUUUGACAGCAUUUUUUGGAGGAGCUGCCCAAGACUUAAGCUGGCUCAAGAGGCAAGAUGGAGAGGUGCUUGGAAAAUGUUCACUCCAGGGUAAAGCAGAGUGGGGGGUGUUGUUUUAUGGGCAGUGGCCCUAGUUGAGAGCAUUUAAGUAACAUUGAUCUGUGGUAUCACUUUAGCUCUGUAGCAUGUAGACAGACAGCUCUCACUAGGUUUUCCUAAUUCCUCUUUGCUAAAACAAUGCAUGUGCAAAAAUCCCUGUCAUAACAUGGAACCUUAAACUUUCACUGCAUGCCCUGUUUGUCAUUACUGCUUCUUGGUGAGCUCCUGGGUGAGGGCCAAUCACUCUGAUCAGUAAGGUGAUGACAUAAAAAAGAAACACUACCAGGGAGAGUUUUAAAAUUGAAAUACCAAUACUAUGAAAACAACAGAUGACAGAAAUACAACCAACCUCUGAGGAUUGAAUUCCUUUAUGCAACCAGCCCAGCACACUUAACACAUUAUACACAUACUGUAUGCUGGAUAAAAACAGACUAACCAAUCUAUUAAACAGGCUUGUUUGCAGACACUGUCUUAGUUUUUAGUGGCUGAACUUGCCCUACUGUGACCUAAUUUCUUAACUCAAUUAGAGUUUUGCGAAUGCUAAUACUGUCUAAAUCCUCAGCUGUAUCCAUUGCACUUUUAUCAAAAUGCCCAUUGUGCAAAGGAGGGCUAAAUACAAUGCCCUUGACUGCUUAUUCCCUGCGCAGUGGUUGAGCUUGUUUUUACUUCUACGAAAAAGAACGUCUGUGCUGACCAAAGCCUGAGCUCAUUAUUCACGUUUCAGUUCAAGUUGAGAGCUCUUAAUAGGUGUUGAAAGACUGAUUUUUUUUUUGAUAUGCAGUAGUUAUUGCAGACAUUCAUAGGAAAAACAUUUUGAAAAACUAAACCAGGUUUUGUUUUACCAACUGGAAUCUAGAAUGAUACAUCAAUUAUAAGUGAAAUUACUUUCAGUGACAGGAGGCCCUGGACAAAAAAGUGUAAAACUUUAAAAAAAGAAACAGAAAACGUUGCUUGGCAACAGAAAAAAGGGAAAGGCAAAGUGGCAUCUGGCCCCUGAAACAAUGUGCGUCUUACGUGCCAACACGAAUGGCAGCAGUGUAUUUCUAGCAUAUGCAGCGAGAGGUAGUCCCCUCCCCUGGACCAAAGGUCUUCCAGUAGCGUCUCCUCACAUCGGCUUAUCAUGAGAAAUCCAUCUGUAGCUGUAAAAAUGAUCUACAAACACACCAGCUAAUACACAACUGAUUUACACAGCUGUGGGUCACGUAAGGCAUCGACUGGGGUCUUUUUAAAAGAGCAUUUCUGAAGCUCUGUACAGCAACAUAGCUUUCAAACUUCUGUUGUUCUAAAAAUAACCAAGACUGUAUAAAGCUGUGCAAGCCUGCUGCCUCCUGUAAACAACAGGAAUCUGAGCACACAUGGAUGAGCUAGAGCUCUGUGCACUGUAAAUAUCCUACUCACCGUACAGUAUACUGAUGCCUCACUUGCAAUCUAAUGCGCAUAAUAUUCCAAUGGAUCUUUUCUUGCAUCUCUCACCUGUAUCAUCCCAUGCCCCACCUCUAAGUUUUGGAUUGUGUAAAGACUUUCUCACAGUCCCUUCACUUUGCUUUAAUUUUGUGUGAUCAGAAAAUUCAAAGGUCACCAGGGAUUGAGUUAGUCAAAAUAGACGUUUCCCUCCUCUGAUGUCCCUGCUCAGCCCUGCCUCACAAACUGUGUACACGAUAGUGCAGCAAUCAAAGAGACUUAAUCAAAGCUGUGAUAGAAUUCGGGGUCGCUAUUUUUGUCAUAAACAAUACAAAACAUUUGAGCAUGUUUCGCCAUGUUAUGGUUUUGAGCGAGCCAUGUGGGAUGAGUCAACUGGUCCAGUUUGCCCAAUUCAGGUUGCAGUUUAAAGGCGUUUUCAAACCUGCUCUGGUCUGAAUCAGUUGAUGAGUAACCAUCAGUUGAUGGUAAACUUGAUGCGUUUUCCACUUGCUUUGGUUUCUUUUCACGCAGAGAAAAAUCCAAGCUAACCAAAAUGCAUCACUACAAGCCACAUGAGACCGUUCACUCCACUCACUGGUCUGAUGUGUCUGGGACAGGAGCAAAAACGUAAACAGGAAGAGGGUUGUGAAGAAGAUCCUAUCUGCCCAGAUAUAAAAAAUGUAAUGUACUUCAUUGCGUCCAGGUCUGACCUUGAUUCAUUCUCCGGCUAGUUGCUAGCAACUGUUAAAUUCACUCAUCCGCCUCCCAGUAUGCAAAGCACACCUGGCUGCAGGAGAUGUUUAGCUCCAACUCAUAAGAGUAUGCCGAGUAGUUGGGUUGGAUCAAGGUCAGAUCACACUCCCGCCACCAAUGAGCCACUUCAGAGUUUGUAUGGGACUGGAUCGAAACCACAUCCUCUAAAGGGUAUCGGUAGUCUUGGUCUGCACCCAAGUACAAUUGUUGUGUUCAGACCUGCCCAAACAAAUAGCACCAAGGGGGAAAACAAACCAGAGUCUGAUUCAACCAGACCAAAAAGUGCAGGUCUGAAAACGCCCAAAGUUACAGUCACAUUGAGGGACCAUACCUGUGUGUUUGCAAGUUUUAGCUCCUUGACUACAAAUCAUAUAGACUAUACAUAGAUAUUCUUUUUUUAAGCUUGUUUUGUUUUUCUUGUAUUUCCUACAGUUUUGGGCAGCCAUUGGUCUCCAUUCAUUUCUCUCAAUAUGAAAAUCUAUGAACACACUCUUGAAACUUUCUUGAGUUGUGAAAUUCUACUUUACAAUUUGUCAAUGUUACAUCAUCAUUUCAUGGGCAUUUAACUGUAGAUUGAUUAUAAAAGUCUAUUUUGCUCGAACACAACAAUUAAGUAACUGAUAUAAUUUAUGCGUAUCUGAUAGCUGGAUUACAUAACUGUAGCAAGUUUCAAGAGUUUUUAUGCUGUGUAAAAACCAGUGGAUGCCUGGAACAGUAGACAAAAUACAUCCAAAUGUGUAAAACACAGCAGCACUUUUUGUCAAAUGGUUAUUUGUGAUAUGAAGUUAUUUGUAGUUGAAAUAUGUGAAACCACUAAUUUGGUCCCUUAAAGAGUAACUUAACACCAGCCUGAAAAGAGGUGUUUCACCAAGUGUUUGACCAAACCCAAUCCAUCACUGAAGGGUGUGGUUGGCUUUGUUGCUCCGGUAAACCACACCUAACAAUGAUGUCAUGGUGUACCGACACACCCUGGAGUACACUUGUGCAUCACUGCAGCAAGAACAGGAUUUUCAGGGGGGGUGUUAAAUUAUUCUUAAAGUUUAUUUAUCUUUGUCUCUUUUUGGUUUCGUGGUAGUAUUGACUAUCUGCUGGCUCUCAAAGACAGACAGAAAUGUUUGUGUCAAAAUUAUUUAUUCUCAUUCUGAAUAUAUUAGGUAGAGCUCAUUUAUUCUGUUUAUUUUUGGUCUUGGUCAUCAUGGCUACACGGGCCAGUGGUUUGUCAUAAAUCUCUUGUUGUACAAUAUCAUCAUAUAAAAACUUCCAUACAGACUUCCGUCCAGAAAACAAUAAAAGUGCAGGGUGUAUAGCUACUAUGUCGGUACAACUAUGUUGGUUUAUCAAAGCCAGUAUCAGUGGUGUCUUUUAAAUAACAAGAAGAAGGGGAUUGCUGCACACUGGAUGAACUUGUGCAAACCAAAGAAACUUUUUGAACUCUGUGGUUUUUUGUGAUUUGCACAAAAUGAGCCCUAAAAGGUGCAUGUCUCCUGCAUCUUCUUUUCUGUCAGUGUUAUCCAGAAACUGGUGAGGAUAUUGUCUGGAUAUGCAUAUAACAGUUCUUAUGUGAAGAUGGGACAGAAUAAAGCAACAUAAGAACCAUGUUAACCUUCAUCUAACAGACCUGAGUUCACGGUCCGCAUGCCUGUUGUUUUUUUCACUGCCGUGUCAAUAGGCAGCAGUAGCACUACAAUGGAAGUGACCGAGUGUCCUGUUCUCAGACCGAAGCCCUUGUAGUUUCUUUUGAUGGUUUGAACCAAAAACAUUCCUUUUUGUAUUGUUUGUUGUUUCAGCCAUUUUAAAAGGGGGCUAUGCUCCUGUGCCAUACCAUUUUCACAUGUAUGUAUGUAUGUAUGUAUGUGUGUAUACAUUGUUUGAAUGCUACAUUUGUCAGCUUUCCUCAUUUGUCACAAAGGAAACCAAAACAAAGUUUUUUUUUCAUCACCUUUAAAGCAAGACAAACAAGACUGAUAUGUUUUUAUCAACUAUAGCAGGCGCUUCACAGACUCAAUUCUUUUUCUUCUCUCCAGUAUCUUGCACUUAACACAUGUAGCAAUACCUACAGGAUGGGGAAAUUGUGUGAUUCACCAGUAUUUGUUUAAGUGGAAUAUGACAUUUUAUUUCUUGAUAUCGUUUGACUUUGUAUAAAAAAUAUAUACUGUACAGAUUCAAAAGUAUAUUAUAACAAAAAACUUUUAGAAAAAUAUUUAUUUUUACUGUUUUGUAAUUUAGACACAAUACUGUAGCUCCUCUAUUGCCAGACAUACUGGAAGUGCCUCUUGAUAAUGUAUUACAAAGUAACUAUACAAUAUAUUGGGAUUAUUAGAACCUGUCACUAGCAGAGCAGUGUUGAUGUUGUAAUGUGAAUAUUGUUGA